CCUCAGUAUGAUCCGCGCGGUCCGAGCGCGAGUACGCGUGCAUUCCAGCCUAUUAUUUAGUUAGUUUCAUCGCGAGACUAUUUCGUGAAAAAAAAAAAUGCUGAUAUUUGUGAAAAGAAUUAAAGUUGAAGAGAUUUUAGAGAUUUUUUACGAUUACCGAAACAAGCGAUUGUGUCCUUAAAAUACGUUACUCUUUCUCUUUACUUCCUUCUUUCUUUUGACUUUAAAAAAAAAAAUUUAAUUGAUAUAUUCCCAUAAAAUAAUCUUUGUGGAGACAUUUACUUGCAUCACACAAGUCGCAAGGUCUCAGAAAGGGAAUGGGGGUGGCAAAUCGUGGACAAGCAAAUAAACAUUUACUUUUACUGUUUUGCCAUCUGACAGAACUGUGUCGAAAGAAUCGAGGAGAGAAAGGAACUAUCUCGACUCGAUAUGAAAUCGUGAGUGAAAAUUUCGCGGAGCAAGCGAGAUAUGUGUCUCAGUGUUGCCGUGGGUUCGAAAAAUGAACAAACUCCAGCGACGGCGAAACGAGAGUGUCGAUGGCGUCGAGACGCGAGCGACAGAGAUUGGAAAAGACGGGGAUGAAAGAAGGAAAACAAAAAUGCGACUUUAAUCAAUCAUCUUAUAAUAAAUUUCAUUGUCGUUAGGAAUACCUUGAACCGGCAUAAGGACAUCGUUCCAGCCUGUUUCACAUUGCAUCGAUCGUGACUGACAGUAAUAAUUCCAAGGACUCCUUCGAGGCUCGUCAUGCUGGUCCCGGAAGGCAAUUUUACAUCUUGGGUUAGCAACUGGACGACGAUCUUGCACCAGGUGUCUUGCAACGACACCUUCGGUAGCUGCGCCGACGAGUGCGAUACCGCUUCCGGCGAAUUCGAUCAUCUCUGCACCACAAUCGGAAGAGAAACCUUUGCUAACUCCUCUUCGAUGACCCUUUUCUGCACGCCCUGCGAUUAUGCCAGUUGCAACGUGUCCUUGCUGCUCAACAGCCUCGAGAGCAUCGAGGGCGUCUUCCUAUCUAGGAUACCAAUGAGAAAUUGCAACGCCACGUCCUUCGACGAGGAAAUUCUUGAAUGUUCGCCGGUCGGCGGUAUCGCCGAGGAUUUGGCCGUGACCUGCGCCCAUCGAUCCAAGAUCGGCAGCACUGCCGAGACGAAGAUGCGUCGCUUCGACUGGAGCUUCCUGUUCGUAGCAGUCUUUAUAGCCGCCGGCGGUCUCGGCAACAUAUUGGUUUGUCUAGCCGUGGGAUUGGACAGGAGACUCCACAAUGUCACCAACUAUUUCCUGUUGUCGCUGGCGGUAGCCGAUCUUCUCGUCAGCCUCUUCGUCAUGCCUCUGGGUGCCAUACCGGGCUUUCUGGGUUACUGGCCAUUCGGAGUGAUGUGGUGUAACGUGUAUGUGACAUGCGACGUGCUCGCAUGUUCGGCCAGCAUAAUGCACAUGUGCUUCAUCUCCCUGGGCCGUUACCUGGGCAUCCGUAAUCCGCUCAGGACACGUCACACGUCUACCAAACGGAUGGUGGGUUUCAAGAUCGCCGCUGUCUGGUUGCUGGCCAUGUUGGUCUCCAGCUCCAUCACGGUGUUAGGCAUCAUCAAUCCCUCGAACAUCAUGCCGCAUCCGAGGGUAUGCGUUAUCAAUAACCGAGCGUUCUUCGUGUUUGGCUCCCUGGUCGCCUUCUACAUCCCCAUGAUCGUUAUGGUAGCGACUUACGUGUUGACGGUGCAGCUAUUGCGCAAGAAGGCGCGAUUCGCGGCCGAACAUCCGGAAGGUGAUCACUUUCGUCGAUUAGGCGGCAGAUACGCAUCCGCAAAAACGUCAUCAUCCACGGCGUCAUCAUCGUCCACUAUCACCACGUCCACCGCCAUGAGAUCGUCCUCUUCGUCGGCGAGAUUGAUCCGUACUUCCGGUUACAGCGCUGAAAAGGAAAGCGACAAAUGCGGAGGUAUGAGAAAGGUCCUGCCACAUCUAAAGUUAACAGUGAAUGGCGCCGGAAGCCCUGCUCCAGGAUCACGGCUCAAGUUGAAAGUGGAUCAGGCAACCCAAACGCCGGAGAACAUCGCGCGCGAAACACGAAACUUCACCCUCAGGGCCUUGAAACUGCAAUUGAACGUCACGCCCAACAACCUAAACCUCAGAUUCCUGGCAGGACGAGCGAAGAAAAGAUCCUUGGCCGCAAACGCGGUAGCGACGGAACAGAAAGCGAGCAAGGUUCUGGGCCUAGUGUUUUUCACCUUCGUGUUAUGCUGGGGGCCGUUCUUCCUGCUUAAUAUCUUCUUCGCUGCGUGUCCCGCGUGUUCUGUGCCGAAACACGUGGUGGACACGUUCCUCUGGCUGGGCUACGUGUCUUCGACAAUCAAUCCGAUCAUUUAUACCAUUUUCAAUAGGACUUUCCGCGCCGCGUUUAUCCGCUUGUUGAAGUGCAAAUGCUCGAGGUCUGUGAGGCCUUCGAGAUAUCGUUUCGGUACGGAGAGCGGAAGGGGGGCAAUGGGCCUGUGCACGUCGGGUGCUCUUCCACUGGCCAUUAGCCUUCAGGGUACACCUUUAUUAAGCCCAACACCAAAUCCCACGCCGACACCGGCGUCAGAAAGCUCGUUCAUGACGAUGAUGCAUCGUACACCGAGUUCACUCUACCGAGACACCUUUUUAGUUCACGAACCCGAUCAGGGCAAUCAUUAACCUCGUCCAUUAAUUAAUUAAUUUCGUAAUGAGAGAAUAUACUGCGCAACACGAUUUUUGCAGCGAGAAUAAUUGAUUUUAGUUAAAAAAAAAACAGUGUACAAAUAAAUUUUACCAUAUAAAUGAAUAUGGAAUUGUUUCUUAGAAAAAGUAUGUAUAUAUAUUUUAGUUUGCAUUUUAGUUUCCUAAUUCUAAACAUUUUUGAGUCAACUAAAAUCACACACACACACACACACACACACAGACAUACAGUUGAGAGUAACUGAGUGGCUUUUCAAACUAACUAAAAUCAUCCAAUAGAAGAAGGAGAAGAAAAAAGUUUCCUAAGUUUGUUAUCCAUCAAAAAGAACUGCGGAAUAUUUUAAUACUUGGCAAAUUUUUUUUAAAGUUCUUUAAUCAAUAAGUAUUGUAGAAAUCUCGCAAUUUUAGGAAUCCAUGUAUACA